AAUCACACUCUUGAAGAAGCCAGCUUUUCUAGGUGCGGCAUAAAAAACGAGGGCAUCGUUUUUUAUGAAAAUCCCCGUUUAUCUGUCCCGUUUAUAAUAUACAGAUGUAGUAUUGAACAGUAUUGAGAUGUUAGGGUAGAAUUAGAGACCGGCAAAAGUCUGCUUGAUCAAAUAAAUGUUCAGUUCUGAUCAGCACCCCUCGUUUUAUAUAUAAAUUAUUCCUAGCUUACGUUGCGUCGCUACUGCUAGUACAGCUAGCUGGCUAGCUGAGGGAAAGGUGUCAACAGAAGAUAUUGCUUUCACAAUUCCACUUAUCAGUAAAAUACGGUCGCCAUGGCAGAUGUUGACAAGCUCAACAUAGACAGCAUCAUCCAACGCCUUCUAGAGGUCAGAGGUGCAAAACCCGGGAAGAAUGUUCAGCUGCAGGAGAUCGAAAUCCGUGGUUUAUGCCUGAAGUCAAGAGAGAUAUUCCUCAGCCAGCCGAUCCUCCUGGAGCUCGAAGCCCCUCUGAAGAUCUGUGGCGACAUCCACGGGCAAUACUAUGACCUGCUCAGGCUCUUUGAGUACGGGGGCUUUCCUCCGGAGAGCAACUAUCUAUUUCUUGGAGACUAUGUGGACCGAGGGAAGCAGUCCCUGGAGACCAUCUGUCUUCUGCUGGCCUACAAGAUCAAAUACCCAGAGAACUUCUUCCUGCUCAGGGGCAACCACGAGUGUGCCUCCAUCAACAGAAUAUAUGGUUUCUACGACGAGUGUAAAAGAAGGUACAACAUCAAGCUUUGGAAAACCUUCACAGAUUGUUUCAACUGCCUCCCAAUCGCAGCUAUAGUGGAUGAGAAAAUAUUUUGCUGCCACGGAGGGCUGUCACCGGACCUGCAGUCCAUGGAGCAGAUAAGGCGCGUGAUGCGUCCCACCGAUGUGCCCGACCAGGGCCUGCUCUGCGACCUGCUGUGGUCUGACCCAGACAAGGACGUCAUGGGCUGGGGGGAAAACGACAGGGGGGUGUCCUUCACGUUUGGUUCAGAGGUCGUGGCCAAGUUCUUGCACAAGCACGAUCUAGACUUGAUUUGUCGUGCCCAUCAGGUCGUUGAAGAUGGGUAUGAGUUUUUCGCCAAGAGACAGCUUGUGACUCUGUUCUCUGCUCCCAACUACUGUGGGGAGUUUGACAACGCAGGUGCUAUGAUGAGUGUGGAUGAGACCCUGAUGUGUUCCUUUCAGAUCCUAAAACCAGCAGAGAAGAAGAAGCCCAACGGCAGCCGGCCCGUCACCCCCCCUCGAAACAUGGUCACUAAGCAAGCCAAGAAGUGAGGCCUCUGCUCUGCUUUCUCUGUUCUGCGUUGGAAGGGGUUGCUGAUACUACUGAAGCAAUAUCCACCCGAUGAAAAAGCAAAAUGUUCUGUUGUUUUUGUCCGCGAGGGGUAAAUUGAUAUGUCACCAUUGGAACCUCAGGUGUUUUUGCACUCCAUCUGCCACAUAUCUUUGCCACAUAUGACUGUUCAAUCAGGAAGCAAAAUGUAACAAUACGGCUAAUAAUGCACAGGAAUGCCUUGUUUACUGCUGGUCACAUUUUUUCCCCCGAUUUCUGUUAUGUUGCAUUCAUUUCAUGCGUCACCUUUUACACAUAUAAGUUCCAUUGAAACACUUGUGGGGAAAUAGCAUUUUUUUUUUUCUGUUCGAUGUUUUUUAACAUAGGUUUUGACUGCACUCUAAAUCAUCACAUUUUUAAGGAAAGUUGUGUGCUAAAUUAAACAAAUAACUGUUCUUCUAAUGUCUAAACUCUUUCUAAUAAACUUUAAGCACAUUUACUGGG